UGGAAGUUUAAUUGAAGUUUCAACCCAAAAUUAACCAUUAAAUCAAUCGGAGCGUUUCCCAUCCUACGGCCACGAUGGAGCUGGCUACUCAAUAACGUCCAACGGUCGAAAACCACAUCACAAAUAUUUCUUCUCAAACUCAACAGUCAACACAUUUCCACCGAAUCCUAUUAUUCAAUAUUCCGGUCACAUUCUGUUCUUCAAUCGACCAAUUCGAAGCUUAUUUUAGUGAAAAAAAUGAGCAUGCCGCAGUUCCUAGACGCUGCGGAUUCUUCUGCUGAUCUGCAGAUAUGGAACAACGCCGCCUUCGACAACGGCGAGAUUUCUGAAGAUUUGGCGGCAAGCAAGCAGCCCUGGGGAUCUCUGAAGCCGAAUUUCGGAAACCCUAAUUCAUCUUUCGAUUCUGUUCCGGAUAAAGAAAAUCAAGGUUUCGCAUCGGAGAAUCAAAAUCAAUUUCACCCUGUUUCCCCUUUCCCCAAAUCGGCCUCUACGACGCCGUUUAAGCCGCUCACAGCAGUCGAAUCAGUUCAGAGAUCGAAAAUGAGAGCAAUCGCGGACAAGGGUUUCGAGAAAAAUCCAGUCUUGAAAAUCGACGAGGAGAUUGAAGAAAUUGAGUUGCAAAUCACUCGAUUGAACUCGAGAUUGGAGGCUUUGAAGGCUGAGAAGGCAAGCGCGGGAGCUGUGGAGAAGAGAGGGAGAUUCGUUGCGGCGAAGUUCAUGGAGCAGAAACAGGGCGGCAAGAAUGAUGAGAUUUCGAAUUUGGGCGUAAGAACAAAGGCUAACAGAAGAGGGAUUAGUUUAGGGCCAGCAGAAAUCCUCUCUGCAGGGCGUAGAGGGAUGAGUUUGGGGCCUUCUGAGAUUUUCGGAGCAGCGAAAUCGAGGCAGGUGAUGAUCAAUAACACCCCUCUGCAGAGUAGGAGGCAAUCUUGCUUGUUUAAGCUGCAGGGGAUUGAUGAGGAGAGGGUGGAGAGUUGCAGUUUGAGCCUGAAAUCAAGGCAAGCUGUGACCACCAUUGGUUCAAGAAAGGCUGUGAAGAAGGAAGAAUCUGUUUUGAACACAGUCCAGCCAAAGAAGCUGUUUAGAGAUGGCGAGAAAUCGGUUCCAAACAAGAAGGCGUCUAGGCCGGGGAGAGUGGUGGCGAGUAGGUAUAAUCAGGGCGCGUCUCAGGCUUCGGCAAUGAGGAAGAUAUCUCUGCCGGAGAGUGAUGGUGAUGCAGGGAAAAGGGUUGACAAGACGCGGUCUUUUUCUGUGGGGAAGACGAGGGCUAAUGAGGGCGAGGGCCGUGUGAAGAAGAGGUGGGAGAUUCCUAGUGAGAUUAUAGUUCAUAGCAGUGUGAGGGGAGGAGGAGAUGGAGAGGCAGAAGGAGAGAAGUCAUACUUUGCUAUUGAUGAAGUGGAGAAUUCUGUGUCAAGCUCUGAGCUAUGAUGAAGAUGAUGAAGGAGAAGAGCGUUGAAAUGUGGGAGUUUUGGUUGGGAUUCUAUUUUUUGCAUUGUUGUGGUAAAUAGUAUAAUAACUGGUAAGAUGUUUCUGUUUCUUGUUCAAGCAUACUUGUGCUUAACUAGUUGUAGUAUGUCUUGGAAUGAAAGCAUAUAAAUGUCUUAGAUAAGCUAAAAUGGACUAUAUAGUAAAACUUGAAUGAAAUAUAUGAUUUAGAUGCA